GGGGGGCCCCUAAGGGCAGUGGGGUCACGCAGGGCUGGGAUGUCCUUGCGAGUAGGGUCGUGGUCUGGCACAGGUGUCGGGGGCAUGGCCGUACCGGUAGGGGCGUGGCCGUACCGGUAGGGGCGUGGCUGUACCGGGCAGGCGGCGGGAGAGCAGCCGGGCAGAGAGGAGCGGCAGCGGCAGCCUGGGCUCCGCGACGGGGACUGAGAGCGGGACCGGAGACGGGGACGUGCCCCAGGACGGCAGUGAAGCAUGGGUUGCGUGAGGUCAAAGGAAGCUGGUGUCCAAGAGAAGAUGAUAAAAACUGAUUCUGACCCUGAUCCUGGCCCCACCAUCCUGCAGGGCCACUACGUGCGGGACCCCACAGCCACCAACAAGAAGAACAAUCAUGUCCCCAGCACAGCUGUGUCCCUGCCCGAGGAUGGCGUGGGGGACAGCGUGGUGCUGGCGCUCUAUGAUUACGAGGCGAUGAAUGCUGGGGACCUCAGCUUCCAGAAAGGAGAGAGGAUGAAGGUCCUGGAGAAGUCAGGGGAAUGGUGGCAAGCACGGUCACUGGUGACAGGAUGCGAAGGCUUCAUUCCCAGCAACUACGUUGCCCAAGUCAACUCUCUGGAGACAGAGGAGUGGUUUUUCAAGGACAUCAGCCGGAAGGAUGCUGAGCGGCAGCUCCUUGGUCCUGGGAACAUGAUUGGGUCCUUCAUGAUAAGGGACAGUGAGACAACCAAAGGCUCUUACUCACUCUCGGUGAGGGACGAGGACGAGCUGCGGGGCGGGGCAGUGAAACAUUACAAGAUCCGGACUCUGGACAGCGGUGGCUUCUACAUCUCCCCACGAAACAACUUUAACACGCUGCAGGAGCUGGUCCAGCACUACAAGGGUCAGAGUGAUGGGCUGUGCCAGAAGCUCACCCACCCCUGCCGUGUACCCAAACCACAGAAGCCCUGGGAGAAGGAUGCCUGGGAGAUCCCUCGGGAAUCACUGAAUCUGGAGAAGAAGCUGGGAGCUGGGCAGUUUGGAGAAGUGUGGAUGGCAACCUACAACAAGCACACCAAGGUGGCGGUGAAGACCAUGAAGCCGGGCAGCAUGUCUGUGGAAGCCUUCCUGGAGGAGGCAAACCUGAUGAAGACACUGCAGCACGACAAGCUGGUGAAACUGCAUGCAGUGGUCACCAAGGAGGAGCCCAUCUUCAUCAUCACCGAAUUCAUGGAGAAAGGGAGCUUGCUGGAUUUCCUGAAGACCGAUGAAGGGAACAAGCUGCUGCUCCCGAAGCUGAUCGACUUCUCUGCCCAGAUUGCAGAAGGAAUGGCUUUCAUUGAGAAGAGGAACUACAUCCACAGAGACCUGAGAGCCGCCAACAUCCUGGUGUCAGCAGUGCUGGUGUGCAAGAUUGCAGACUUUGGGCUGGCCAGGGUCAUUGAGGACACCGAGUACACGGCCCGGGAAGGUGCCAAGUUUCCUAUUAAAUGGACUGCACCAGAAGCCAUCAACUAUGGAUCUUUCACUAUAAAAUCUGAUGUUUGGUCCUUUGGGAUCCUGCUGACUGAGAUCAUUACCUAUGGACGCAUCCCCUACCCAGGAAUGUCGAGUGUGGAGGUGAUCAGGGCACUGGAGCAUGGAUACCGGAUGCCCCGCAUGGCUAACUGCCCUGAGGAGCUGUAUGACAUCAUGAUGAGGUGCUGGAAGAUCAGACCUGAGGAUCGUCCCACUUUUGAGUACAUCCAAAGUGUUUUGGAAGAUUUCUUUACUGCGACAGAGAGCCAGUACCAGCAGCAGCCGUAGCAUGGGCUGCUUGGGGCAGACACUGCUAGCUCUUCCCUGUCUCACCUGUGCCCUGCUUCCCCUGCCAGCCUGGCCCAGGAACCACAGCCUUCCUGGAGUGGCUGGGCUGAAGGAAGUGCAUGAUGGAGGGAGAAGAGAUGCAGCCAUACCUUGUGCCUUUCCCAGGAGCCUCAGUGUCCGUGAGGCAGUGACUCCAGGAAGUGCUGGCUGGACAAUGGAUGCCCAGAGCCCAGGAGGAUGGACAGGGAUGGGACCAGGCCUGCUUUUGCUGCAAGGAAAAACCCAGAUCAGUAUUUUUUUAAUCUUUCUGAGAUCUUAUCACAUGGUUCUGCAGAAGUAGGUGUUUUAGUGUGCUGGCCUUGGCAAAACGCCGUGCAGUGCCUGUGCUCCCUGUGUGAUUGAUCCCAGGGGAUUCCCACAGGGCACGCUUCAGUGCAGCCUGUGGGCUCAUCAUCAGCACAGGAUCCUGGGUUUGGAUGUGGAAUGUCACGAACACGUGUCCUCCCCUCUUCCUCCUGGGUUUCCUUCCCCAGUAUUUUCAUGGCAGAGUGAGCAGAGUGCAGGUUUCGUGAGGCUGUGCCACAGGGGCAUAUAGACAGUGCUUUUCCAGGCCAUCCCUGCGUGGAUCCCCCUCCACUUGCCUUGGGAGGAACCUCAGGAACCCAAAGCCAUGGCAAAAGGAGCCCACUCUCCCAUGACUGAACUCACAGGCAGGAUUUGUUGUCUACUGGGACAUUUGCAGUGUCAGCAAGGGCCAGGUGCUCCCUGCACACUCACUUCAUGUUAGCGUUUAUUUUUAGUAUUUCAUGAGGUUAUUUUGGGGAAAGGAGUAAACAAUAUAUUUUUAAGACAGCCAUGUACCUCCUACAGCAGCCAGACUGGGGCCCGUGAUUGUAUUUUUGAUACCAAGAGGCAAACGCCGUCGCUUCUGCUUUGGGAUUUUUUUUUUUUUUUAAAUUUUUUUUUUUUUUUUUGUAACUAAUAAAAUAUUUAUCAACCUUUCCUCUCCUGGCCGUUCCUGCUGUUCCACAGCCCGGGCGGGGAGACAAGGAUGGGGCAAGUUGAGGCCCGUAGCUAGAGCCGGGCAGACCAACAGCGCACUCCGAGCAGCCCCGGGCCGCGGGCCGCUCCGCAGGGACCGGAGGAACCGGGAGGUUCGGAUUGGUCCGGGCGCCUCCCGGCCCCACCACCCUCACAUAACA